AGAUGGGUUCAUCAUUAAUGGAGAUGCAUAAGGCCGCACCGUCGAAAGGCGCCGCCGUCAAGAUCAACAUAACCUUCUUCGUCUUAGUGUUGGUCAUCUCCGUCGACCUUCUCAUCUUCUACUCGAUGGGUCUCUUCAACAGCAAUGGCGUCUCCGUCACCUGGUGCACCUUGAGUGAACAUUGCAGUGCGAGGAAGGAUGGUAUGAAAUUGAAACUUGAGUAUGAAAAUUCGCAAGUGGAAGAGCGAGUGCCGAAUAACAUGAUAAGAGAAGGUACAACAGAAAAGGAGAAGAAACUGAGCUUUUUUGAAAGCUUACGCGCCGGGCAUGAGAGAAUCGGGCUGGUGAACAUAGGCAAGAACGAAUCAGUUGAGAUAGGGAUUGACAAAAAUGUAACAGUGGUCGAAUUCGAGCGCGUGCCAGAUAAUUUGAAAUGGACAGACCUGUUCCCGAGCUCUAUCGACGAGGAGAAUGGGCGGAGCGUGUGCCCCGAGAUCCCGAUGCCGGUUUUUUCGGCCUACGAGGAGAUGGACGUGGUGGUGGCCAAGGUGCCGUGCCAGAGCCCGAAGCCCGGGUGGUAUCGGGACGUGUUUAGGCUGCAGGUUCAUUUGGUGGCCGCGAACUUGGUUGUGAGAAAGGCGAGGAGGGACGGGCGGGGGACGGCGAAAGUAGCGCUGGUGAGCGAGUGUGAGCCGAUGAGGGAGCUGUUCCGGUGCGACGAUUUGGUGGAGAGGGAGGGGGAGUGGUGGAUGUACCAAGUGCAGGUUGAUAAGUUGGCAGAAAAGGUUAGCCUGCCCUGGGGAGCUUGCAAGGUAGCAUUGCAGCUUCCGGAACAACAAGCUAUAAACGGCGAAUCCAAUGUUUCGAGUAUAGCCUCCCUGGCGAGCCCUCGGCAACGGCGGGAGGCCUACGCGACGAUCAUUCACUCCUCCGAUGACUACGUGUGCGGCGCAGUCAUGCUGGCUCACUGCCUCCGCAAUACGGGCUCCACCGGCGACCGCGACCUCGUCCUCCUCCACGACGACUCCAUCAGCCGCCCGAAGCUGCAGGCGCUGGCCGCCGCCGGGUGGACGCUCCGCAGGAUCGAGCGCAUCCACAACCCGCGCGCCAAGCGCGGCGCCUACAACGAGUACAACUUCAGCAAGUUCCGCCUCUGGCAGCUCACCGAGUACGACAAGAUCGUCUUCGUCGACACCGACAUCCUCAUCCUCCGCAGCCUCGACCACCUCUUCCGCCUCCCGCAGAUAUCGGCGGUGCACGACAGCGGAGUCCUCUUCAACUCCGGCGUGAUGGUCAUCGAGCCGUCGAACUGCACGUUCAACGCGCUCGUGGCGCACCGCGAUGACAUUAUCUCGUACAACGGCGGCGACCAGGGGUUCCUGAACGAGAUGUUCGCGUGGUGGCACCGCCUGCCGAAGCGGCUGAACCACUUCAAGAUGGCGUGGAAGAACGCCACGGAGGAGAGGGAGUGGAUGGGCCGGCUCUUCGCUGCGGAGACGCCGGAGCUGCACGGGAUACAUUACUUCGGGGUGAAGCCGUGGAGGUGUUACAGGGACUACGACUGCAACUGGGACGUCGAGCGCCUGCGGAUGUACGCCAGCGACGAGUUUCACCGGGCGUGGUGGCAGCGCUAUGACGAGAUCGACGAGGGGCUGCAGUGGUUGUGCGGGCUCACGGCGGAGAGGAUCGACACGUUGGAGGCGGAGCGGCGGACGGCGGCGACGAUGCGGUUUAGCGACGAGCAUUGGAAGAUCAACAUUACCGACAAGAGAAGAUUUGUGACAGUAGAAUAGCAAAGUGAAACUUUCUGAAUUUAGAGCAACAUCGGUCGGAAGAUCAUGUCAUCGGAAGGGCUCUUCCAAAUCAGAGCAAAUAUCACAACUCAAUUUCAAUUUUUUUUUUUUUUUUUUUUUAAACAGGAGCAUUAAUUCAAUUAUUUCAGUUUUUGACUUAUAUUUAAGUGUUUGUUAACUUGUUGUAUAAA